AGUGAUUGAUGCAAAUAUGUCGUCUUGGGUACCAUUGAAUUUGAGUAACAUUUGUUUAGAAAAACAAGCUCCAUUAUCACAAUGCUCUUCAACAGGAUUCAUGUUUUUGGCAUUAGUGAUGAAACUUUUUGGUGGUGUCUCAUACAGUGUCCCGUGGGAAAAGAAUACAUAUUCAUUAAUUUCAUUGGAAUCCGAAUUAUCCCAAAGAAAUUUGGAUACGACUUUCGAUCGUUUUGAUUCUAAAUAUCCGUUUUCUGGGAAAAGUGAUAUAAAUUUUACGAAUAUUUCUCCAAUAACGUCUUCCGAAAAUUAUUUUCUGGAUUAUAUCUCUUCAAAACACUUAAUUUAUGGACCAAGUAAAUUUAAAAAAUCUAGAUAUUUUGAUGGUGAAAGUUCGGAUAUACAGAGAAAUACGUUGCGGAUAGCAAAUAAAAAAGCCGUUAAGAGAAGAAAUAGGAAGAAAAUUAAAGAAUACGAUUUCAUUAUUGUUGGUGCUGGAUCAGCUGGAUGCGUUGUAGCUAACCGCUUAUCAGAAAUAAAGGAAUGGAAAAUACUACUUUUAGAAGCUGGAGGUGAAGAACCCGAUGUUACAAGUGUUCCCGCAUUUGCAACAGCAUUAGGAAGGUCCAACAUCGAUUGGAAGUACACGACUCAACCGGAAAAAUUAACCUGUCGCUCUUUGCAGGGUCAGACUUGUACUUGGACAAGUGGUAAAACUAUGGGAGGCUCCAGUGCAAUCAACUAUUUAGUCUAUAUGAGAGGAAAUAGAUAUGAUUACAAUAACUGGGCUGAAAUGGGUAAUUACGGCUGGACCUACAAUGAGGUCCUACCCUAUUUCAAGAAAUCUGAAAAUAACCGUGAUAAGAAAUCCAAGGACACAUAUUAUCAUUCAGUCGAUGGACCACUGAAUGUUGAAAGAUUUUCUUUCACUGACAUAAAUACAGUUAUGCUUGUAGCCGCUUUCAAAGAAAAAGGCCUACCCGUAAAAGACUUAAAUGAGGAAAAUAAUUUCGGAACAGACAUAGGGCUUUCAACGUCUAAAGACGGCCGUAGAGUAUCAACCAACGUUGCUUUUAUCAAACCAAUUCGAAAUGAACGUAAAAAUUUACAUAUAAUCACGAAUGCACAGGUUACGAAAAUCAAUAUAGAUCCUAAAACGAAAGUAGCUAUUGGAGUUACUUAUUAUAAAAAUGGAGUAUAUUAUAAGGUAGUUGCGAAGAAAGAAGUAAUUGUAAGUGGUGGUUCAUUGAAUUCUCCAAAACUACUGAUGCUAUCUGGAAUAGGGCCAAAACAUGAACUAAAAAGCUUAGAUAUACCCAUUCUCUCAGAUUUAAGCGUUGGUCAAAACCUACAAGAUCAUGUCACAACAAACGCACUUAUUAUGUCUAUUUCAAAUAAAACAUCAACAUUAGUUAGUACUCCGAAAAUUAUAAAUAAAAUUCGUAAAUAUUAUAAGCAAAAAUUCAUAAAAACUGGACCAAUCAGUUCUACAAAUCUUCUUAAUAGUAUUGCAUUUAUUAAAACUAAGUAUGCUAAAGAUAACGUGCCCGAUAUUCAAAUUCAUUUUAAUGGCCGGAAUGUACAAGACUUCUACUUGGAUCCCACGACUUAUUUGGCGACUGACUUUCUUCCUCUACCCUUUUACAAUGGCAUUGGUGCUAGACCACUUUUACUUGUACCAAAAAGUAAAGGAUAUCUUCUAUUAAAUAAGACGGACCCCGUUCACGGGCAACCUUUGAUAUAUUCAAGAUUUUUCACAAUCAAAGAGGAUGUUGAUGUAUUAGUUGAAGGUAUGCGAUAUGUUGUUAGUUUAGAAAAAACAAAAGCUUUCAAAUAUAUCGGUGCGAGGUUUGUUAGAGAACCAGUAAAAGGAUGUAAGCAACAUAUUUGGGGUACCUAUGAUUACUUUGCUUGUUUACUUACUGAAUAUACUACAACUAUAUUCCAUCCUGUAGGAACGUGUAAAAUGGGACCAGCCUGGGAUAAAAAUGCAGUCGUUGAUCCCAGAUUGAAAGUAUAUGGGAUUCAUAAUUUAAGAGUAGUCGACGCAUCAAUAAUGCCAGUUAUCGUAAGAGGGAAUACUAAUGCCCCGACAAUUAUGAUUGGUGAAAAAGCAUCAGAUAUGAUAAAAGAAGAUUGGUUAUAA